AUGUCAGAUUCAGGAUCUGCUUCUGCAGCCGCGGGAGCUUCUAGCUCAAACAGUGCUUCGAGCAAGACGAGCGCCAUGGCAAAGGCCUUUCAACACCUCGACCUUGAUGGCCACGACCUGCCACCCUCGCCGGCACCCUCCAGUCCUCGAAGUGGACGCCGCUAUGCGCUUGCGACAGAGCUUGUUUUCACGGAAGGUAGCGACCAAUACAACGCCAGUAGCGUCCCCAUCUACCAAUCCGCAACCUUCAAGCAGACCUCUGCCACAGGCGGCGUCUCCAAUGAGUACGAUUACACCCGCUCCGGCAACCCUACUCGGACACAUCUAGAGCGGCACUUGGCAAAAAUAAUGCGGGCUCAGCGGGCACUGGUGGUAUCAUCUGGCAUGGGCGCGUUGGACGUGAUAACUCGCCUUCUCCGGCCAGGAAAUGAAGUCGUAACAGGCGACGACCUAUAUGGGGGCACCAAUCGACUACUCAAAUACCUAUCCACACACGGCGGCAUCAUAGUCCACCACGUCGACACCACCGACCCCUCAAAGGUCAAAGAAGUCCUGACCCCCAAAACAGCCAUGGUCCUCCUCGAAACCCCAACCAACCCGCUCAUUAAAAUCGUCGACAUACCCACCAUCGCCAGCCUCGCCCACAACGCCAACCCGACCUGCCUCGUCUCCGUCGACAAUACCAUGCUCUCGCCCUUGCUCCAAAACCCGCUCGACCUCGGCGCCGACAUCGUCUACGAAUCCGGCACCAAAUACCUUUCAGGGCACCACGACCUCAUGGCCGGCGUCCUCGCCAUCAACGACCCCAAGAUCGGCGAAAAGUUGUUCUUCACCAUCAACGCCUCCGGCUGCGGCUUAUCACCCUUCGACUCCUGGCUCCUGAUGCGCGGCGUCAAGACGUUAAAAGUGCGAAUGGACACCCAACAAGCGAACGCCAUGCUCAUCGCCCGCUUUCUCGAGAGCACGGGCUUCAAAGUCCGCUAUCCGGGCCUGAAAUCCCACCCGCAAUACGAGCUCCAUAACUCCAUGGCGCGGGGUGCCGGCGCGGUGCUCAGCUUCGAGACCGGCGACGUCGCGCUCUCGGAGCGCAUUGUCGAGUCGGCGAAACUGUGGGCCAUCAGUGUGAGUUUCGGCUGCGUGAAUAGCCUGAUCAGCAUGCCGUGUCGCAUGAGCCAUGCGAGUAUUGACGAAAAGACGCGGCGCGAGCGGGGCGUGCCAGAGGAUCUGAUUAGACUUUGUGUCGGGAUUGAGGAUGGCGAUGAUCUGUUGGAUGAUCUGAGGAGAGCUCUCGUCCAGGCAGGCGCCAUGAACGUGUCGCUCGACGGCAUCCACGCCGCGAAUCCAACACUGGAUAUCCAGCAUCCUCCCGAGGGAGAACAUCUGGCCGCCAAAGCGGCAGCGAUAAAUGAGCCCUGA